UCCUGUUGCACAAUUUAAGACUUUUUCUAUUUGUUUACCCGAGAGACCAGGAGUUCAAAAUCCGUAUCCAUUACACAAUGUUCCAUAUAAAUAUCGAUGAGAGGGAACUUGCCUGUCUGCUCACAGCUGCACACUCCAGACAAGAUGGUGAAACUCUUGGUUUUCAUGAUGAUGCUUGCAUCAUGUUGUGCAGAAAUCAAAGAUCUUUCUGGCAAAGCCUUUGUCUUCCCGAGGGAAACUGCCACAGACCACGUGAAAUUGAUGACACCCAAAACAUCCUUCAAUGCAUUGACCGUCUGUCUCAGAUUCGUCACAGAUCUCACCAGAAACUACGGGCUUUUCUCACUUGCCACGCCAGCAAUCAGCAAUGACUUUGUGCUCUUCAAAAUAAACACGAACGACGUCAUCAGGAUGCAUGCACGUGAUGGCGGGACAGAUUUCCUGGCUCUGUCUUUUCCUCCAAAUACCUGGCAUACCAUGUGCUCCACCUGGAAUUCUGACGACGGCAUCGCCCAGUUGUGGGUGGAUGGCAAGCCCACCAUCAAGAGAUUCAUCCGCUCGGGACAACCCAUCAGCGGCAAGCCCAGCACCAUCCUGGGCCAAGAGCAGGACAGUUACGGGGGAGGCUUUGACGCCAGUCAAUCCUUCAUCGGCAUGAUCUCACGACUUCACGUGUGGGACCAUGUCAUCUCUUCCAAUGAGAUCCAACGCUACGAGGCUGACUUAAACUUCACCCCUGGGAACGUGUUCAACUGGAGAGCGCUCGACUUUGAAAUAGUUGGUAACAUUUUGGUUGAGGAUGAAGUCCUUAUUGAAUGAAAUCACAUUUUGCAAUAACAAAUUCUUAGAGACCCCACAAGAAAAAAAAUGUAAUAACAAAGUCUAUUAUAUCCAGAUAUAGUUGUAAUCUUAUAAUAAAGUUUGUUUUUAAAAGUA